AACAGCAGAAGAGCAUGUCGGGUUUCUGUAAAGAAGAGUGGGGCCAGAAUUCCUCCUCAGUGAUGUAAAAGACUCAUUGCAAGGUAUUGGCAAACAUUUGAUUGCAGUUGUUACUGCUGAGGGCGGCAGAACCAUUUAUUAGGAUAGGGGCAAUUACUUUUUCACAUGGGUGAAAUAUGUUUUGAAUAAAUCUUUAUCUUCAAUAAAUGAAAUGAUCAAAAGCUGCAUCUUGUGUUUAUUCGUGAUCACCAAUGGCGACAGUGGCAAGACAAACUCCCUAAGAGCAAGAGGAGGAAACCUUUAGAGGAACCAAGACUCAGUAGGGGAACCCAUCCUGCUCUGGUCGACACCGGAUACCAGAACAAGAACAAAUUCUUUUAAACAAAAGCUUUUAAAUAUGAGGGUUUAAUCUGUGAAGGAUCCGCCCAGCUGUGCGUCACUCUGUGCGUCACUGAAGUGAAACCGAAAGUAACUCUUUUAGGAGCUGCGCUGUGACGGAGAGAGACAGAGGAUAAACUCUCAGUGAAUCUCAGUCUUCAGUCUCCUACAGGGAUUCCUGUUGUAGUUGAGUGAUGCAGUCCUGUAGCUCUGCACACUGUGUCCUGAUCUUACUGAUCACACUCACUACUGUGUCUGUAUCAGCUGUUCCUCUAGUGAAGGUGAAGCUCAAUGAGACGGCUACUCUGUCCUGCUCUGAGAGAUGCUCUGGUUUGGUCAGAUGGACUGUAUCCCAUAAACCCAGUGAUGUUCUGGCUGAGUGUGAUCAGACUUCAUGCAGAUCAGUGAGGGAGGGAUAUCAGAUGAUCCAUGAUCAGUACCUGAAGGGAAAUUUCUCCCUCAUUAUCACUGAAGCUGAUCUCAGUAAGACCAACACAUACACAUGUGAGUGUGGUAAUUCAGAGAUCUGUGAUGUGCACCUUCAGGUUGAAGUGGAAGGGACAAAUAACAGCAGAGAUACUGAUGAAACAUCCCAUGUGCCUGAUUCACAUUCUUCAGUGAAGGUGAAGCUUCAUGACUCCGCUACUCUGCGCUGCUAUGAGAGAUGCUCUGGUUUGGUCAGAUGGACUGUGUUCAGUACACCCAGUGAUGUUCUGGCUGAGUGUGAUCAGACUUCAUGCAGAUCAAAGGAGGAAUAUCAGAUGAUCCAUGAUCAGUACCUGAAGGGGAAUCUCUCUCUCACCAUUACUGACGCUGAUUACAGUAAGAGGACUUCGUACACGUGUGACUGUGAUGGUAAAGAUCUCUGUGAUGUGGCCCUAAAGAUUGAGGCUGUGAAUACUCUAGUUCAGAUAAAAGCAGGAGAAUCUCUAGUGCUGAAUUUGGACAUAUCAGAUCCAGUGGAAGUGAUUUAUAACAGCAAAAGAACAUCUGGAGGACUCGGUGGUCAGUUCUGUACAGUGAAUGGACGCUCACUACGGUGUAAAACAGAAUAUAAGCACAGAGUGUCACUAACAUCUGAUCUGGUGCUGAGAGAAAUGAAGCCGUCUGAUAGUGGAUUUUACACCAUCCGAGAUGCCAAGAAUAAAGAGGACAUUCAUAUCUACACAGUGAUCGUCCAAG